AUGGAUUCGGAGCAAUUGAGAGAGUACGGACAUCGAAUGGUGGAUUUCAUUGCUGAUUACUACAAAACCAUCGAAACUUUCCCUGUUCUUAGCCAAGUUCAGCCUGGUUAUCUUCAUAACCUUUUGCCUGAUUCCGCACCAGACCACCCUGAAACUCUGGAACAAGUUCUUGAUGAUGUUAAGACAAAGAUAUUUCCUGGAGUAACACAUUGGCAAAGCCCGAGUUUCUUUGCUUAUUACCCGUCAAACAGCAGUGUUGCUGGUUUCUUGGGUGAGAUGUUGAGUGCCGGUCUUGGAAUUGUUGGCUUCAGUUGGAUAUCUUCUCCAGCUGCCACAGAGCUCGAAAUGAUUGUGCUUGAUUGGUUUGCCAAAUUACUCAACCUACCUGACCAGUUUCUAUCCAAAGGAAAUGGAGGUGGAGUUAUCCAAGGAACAGCUAGUGAAGCUAUUCUUGUUGUUCUUAUCGCUGCUCGUGACAAUGUUUUAAGAAGCGUUGGCAAAAAAGCGCUUGAGAAGCUCGUUGUCUAUUUCUCUGACCAGACACAUUCAGCUUUGCAGAAAGCUUGCCAGAUUACUGGAAUCCAUCCAGAAAAUUGCAGGGUGCUGAAAACAGAUUCUUCUACAAAUUACGCUCUUCUUCCAGAAUUGCUUGAAGAAGCUGUUUCUAAGGAUCUUGAAGCUGGAUUGAUUCCUUUCUUCGUAUGUGCUAAUGUCGGAACCACUUCUUCAGCAGCAGUUGAUCCAUUAGCUGCACUAGGAAAGAUCGCCAAGAGCAAUGAGAUGUGGUUUCACGUGGAUGCAGCGUACGCUGGAAGUGCUUGCAUAUGUCCAGAGUAUCGACAAUACAUUGAUGGUGUUGAAACUGCAGACUCUUUUAACUUGAAUGCUCACAAAUGGUUCCUCACUAAUUUUGAUUGUUCCCUACUUUGGGUCAAGGAUCAAGAUUCUCUCACUCAAGCUCUUUCAACAAAUCCAGAGUUUCUCAGAAACAAAGCCUCUCAGGCAAACCUGGUUGUUGAUUACAAAGAUUGGCAAGUCCCUCUCGGACGAAGAUUCAGAUCAUUGAAACUAUGGAUGGUUUUAAGGCUAUAUGGAGCUGAGACCUUGAAGAGCUAUAUAAGAAACCAUAUCAAACUUGCUAAAGAUUUCGAACAACUUGUCUCUCAAGAUCCUAACUUUGAGGUGAUCACUCCUCGGAUCUUUUCUCUCGUCUGUUUCCGUAUCGUUCCUACGGAUAACGAUGAAAACAAGUGUAAUAACCGAAACCGCGAGCUCCUAGAGGCAGUGAAUUCCUCAGGGAAACUCUUCAUUUCUCACACUGCUUUGUCGGGAAAAAUCAUACUACGUUGCGCCAUAGGAGCGCCAUUGACAGAGGAGAAGCACGUGAAGGAGGCAUGGAAGGUUAUUCAGGAAGCAGCUUCUUACUUGAUUCACAAGUAA